AUGAUCAGAGUCACACCUCCGGAUGUUGUCAUGUGUGUGGGGAACGGGUUUAUCCUCCAUACAGUCAACACCGCUCUGGUAGUGUAUAAUACCAAGGGGCAGCAACUGACAGCAAUCACGCCACACAACGAGUUCUUCAACGCCCUGCCGCGCAACAUGGGGGCAUACGAGGGCGCGCCCAAGGGAGACGCCAUUGGCGACAUGACAUGCACGUAUGACCACCGCUCCAAACGCUUCUACCUCGCUACAUACUGGACCUCGGGGGGGGACAAGAACGCAUAUGACAGGUUUGGGCAGACGAGGUAUCGGGCGGACGGGACAACAGUGGGGACUGGGCUGCUCGUUGCUGCCUCCACCACUCCCGACCCCACCAAACCGUGGAACCUCUUCUUCAUCCCCUCAUCGAACGAUGGGAAGAAUUCACACGCUGAUUUCCGCCCCCCUCUCAACUUCCCAACCAAACGCCUAGUCACUUUCAUGGACUACCCUCAGAUAGGCACGGACGGAUACGGUUUCUAUGUCUCAGCCAACCACUUCUCGUACGAAGAUGACGGUUACUUCGGAGUCAGCAUCUUUGCUAUAUCCAAAGUACAGCUAUCUCGCCCCACCAACACUUUCAUCCUCCGUAUAGCCAUCCCCACUAGUGACAACCCUUCCAUACCCGACUACACCGUUUGGCCGCAGAAAGUAGCGGCAGAUACGCCAUUCGACUACACCAACGGCGGAACAAUGUAUUUCGGAUACAACCAAGACACACAGGCAUUCGCAACCCUAAACCGCAUAGGGGCGUUUCUUAUAACGGGGACAAGCUUCCUGGGCACAAAACAGGCGCUUUCCCGCGUACAAACCUUCUACGCUGCAACAACCUGCCCGGAAUAUUUCACGACGGGCUAUGUGAAACAAAAAUGGAGCCCUGUGCCAUUGGCAUGGGAGUAUGGGACAACAAUCAAACCUAUAGACCCUUCAAGCACGGACAUUCGAGGAGUGGUAGUGGCACCGGUAAAGAAGCAAAUGUGGCUCACCUUUAUGACUGGCACCUCCAUAUUACAGGUCGAGGGCCCUUACGUUGUGAUAGCACGCCUGCGCAUGUCACUGGUUCCGACAAGGCGGUGGCAGCCGUUACAGGUGGUUCUAGAGCGGUUCAGAAUGGUUGGGGUGAAGGGGAACGGGUUGAUCCAGCCGUCUUUAGCGAUGAACAGCCGAGGGAGGGGGAUCGUGGCAGUGUCGCUGGCAGGGCCGUCUUAUUACCCCUCUGCUGCGUAUGCGACUGUGAACGGAGAGACAGCGGCGGGAGACGUGGUGGUUGCUGGUGCUGGCGGGGCAGCAUUGGAUGACUACUCGGGGUACAUGGGGUUUGUUGAGGCAGUGCGAUACGGGGACUACAUGACAGCAGGCAUUGACGAGCAGGGGAAUGCGUGGGGCGCCGUGCAGUAUGUGCCGGGGAGGCCACGAACGCACUGGACCAACUGGGCUACCUACAUCUUCAAGGUCACACUGUGA